AUGGCGACCAGCAAAGCGAUUGAUACUGACAUCCUCAUUGUAGGCGGAGGAUUCGGUGGUGUGUAUGCAGUAUGGCGAUUACGGGCUGAAGGUUUCAAAAUCCAUCUGUUCGAAGGCACUCCGCGGCUAGGCGGUGUAUGGAGCAACAACACCUAUCCCGGAGCUCGAGUCGACUCGGAAUUUCCCUUUUAUCAGCUUUCAAUCCCAGAAGUAUACAAAACAUGGACCUGGUCUGAACGGUUCCCCGGGUGGCAGGAAUUGCAAGGAUACUUCGACCAUGUUGACAAAGUUCUCAGCAUUGGCAAAGACUGCACGUUCAAUGCACGGGUAAACAAGGCCACUUUCGAUACCGAGCUCGGUCGUUGGACAGUACAGACUGAACAAGGCCAUGUGGCUACCUGCAAGCACCUUUUGCUGUGUACUGGCUCGACUUACAAGCAACAUAUGCCAACAUGGGAGGGCCUCGACCAAUACACUGGAACGCUAUUACACUCUAGCAAGUGGCCGAAGGAAGGCGUGGACACACACGGCAAACGAGUUGCAGUCGUUGGAAGCGGCUCAACAGCUCUGCAGAUCGUGCCGGAGAUGGCAAGAGAAGCUAAACAGCUCGUGGCCUUGAUCCGUACGCCAAACAUGGCACUUCCUAUGAGACAGCGGAAACUCUCUUUGGAGGAGCAAGAUUCGCUCAAGGGGAUUUUGAACAGCGUGCUGAGGACCGCUGCUCGAAAUUCAUUCAGCGGAUUCCCAUACAAUCCACCACCUGUUCCAUCACCGCAGAUGCUAUCGGAAGAGGAAAGAGAGAAGUUUCUCGAAGAGCUGUAUCAACGCGGCGGUUUCAACUUUGCAGGUGGAAACUUUUCCUCUGCUUUGUUCGAUCACAAAGACAAUCGCAUGGUAUACGACUACUGGGCCCGGAAAACGCGUGCGCGAAUUCAGGACCCAGUGAAGCGAGAUAUCCUCGCGCCUCUCGAGCCACCACAUCCCAUCAUAGCGAAACGGAAUGGUCUUGAGCAGGAUUACUACGAGGUGUGCGAUCAGGAUCAUGUCAGAAUUGUGGAUCUGAAAGCGACGCCUAUUGAGACCUUUACAAAGGCCGGCUUGCAAGUUGGAGGGGAAGAGAUACCACUUGAUAUCAUCGUACUGGCGACAGGCUUCGACAAUUACACAGGCGCAUUCUCUACCAUGGGCGUCGAAGGAACUGAUGGGAAAACAUUGAUGGAUCAGUGGAAGGAUGGUGUUCGAACGCAUCUGGGUUUGGCGGCUCCUCGUUAUCCUAAUAUGUGGAUGGUAUACGGGCCUCAAGCGCCAACUGCAUUAGGUAACGGACCAACGAUAGUUGAGGUUCAGGUCGACAUCGUUGUGGACAUGCUCAAAAAGGUGCGGGAGGAAAAGAUCAAGUACCUUGAUGCCACCCCUGAAGCGGCACAAGCAUGGGCAGAUGACAUUGCAGUAACGAGCAAGAUGUUGGUGUUCGAGGAUGCGGACAGCUGGUAUAUGGGUGCAAACAUCCCUGGGAAGAAGAGAGAGAUGUUGAAUUAUCUGAAAGGCUUGGUCGAGUAUGACAGGUCGUGCAGGGCUGCAAUGCCGGAUUGGGAAGGGUUUGUUGUUGAGAGAUAA